UUGGUCAUAGCCAAGGGUUGGUGAGACGUUGGUUUUUUGGUUCUAGAUUUUUGUUUGGUAGAAAGAGAACAAGAUCUCCAUAGCUAUGGAUACCACAAACAUCUUGUUUACUGUUGGUCGUGGGCGGAAGAUGGGUGCUUGGUCUUCGGUGGCCGAAUGUCGUGCACUCCUAACAGCGGGUGGAGAGUUUCCAGAACGGUGUUCAUGGCUGAGAUCGGAAGAUCAUGGGCGAACUUGGGAAUAAAGGCUGGAACAGAUCUGGAUUCGAGGUCAUCUGAGUUUGAUGAUGAAAGUAGAAGCUUGGCAGAGAACAUGAUGAAUUACAGGCAGGAUGAGAAAGAAGCUACAAUAUUGUUGGCUUGUCCCCCUCCUGAACUGCCACCAAGGAGUGCAGGAGAGCCUAUGGUUUGGAAGAAGACGAAUGACUUUGAUUUAAUUCCAUUUUAUUUUGUUUGUGUUUUUGUUUCGAAUUGCAUGUUUUGGUUGUCUUUUUAUUCCCUAGCAGAAAAACUCUAGAAUUUAAGACAUAUGACGAGAAGCCUGAUUUGCGUGUCAUUGACUCAGUUAAGCCCUUUAUAAGUCUGGUUCGAGGGCGGACGAUAAACAUAAGGCUUUUUGUUGUUUUGCGUCUUGUUUAAGUUUUGUAAUUUUAAUAUAAGCCGCUUU